UGUAGGAAAAAUGUCAGGACACCUGUUGCGAUGUCCUUAAAUUUCAUCCUGUCCUACCAGGGUUUGCAUGUGCACAUCAAUAUUGUGUCAUUGAUAGACACGCCCCUGAAGUCGGGACACCACAUUUCCGCCUUCGUUGUUACAGUAAGGACCGUAUUGUUUGCUCUUACAGUAUCUACAACAGUCGUCGUUUAUUUACAUACAAUACGUGCUGUAGUUAUGACUGAAUGCACGACCUUCACUGAGGGAGAGUUCUAUGAGGGGCAUUUUGACCCGCGAGCGUAUGUGAAGAAUUUCUAUGCCUGCCCUAGCGGUCACGCUGACGAGAAGAAUUUUCUUACUUUCGUUUUGAGAUGCCUUAGCGGAGUUUUCUCAGCGGGAGAACAUAAGGGCAAGCGGCUGAUCGAUGUGGGCAGUGGACCAUCUAUCCACAGCGUCUUAAGUGCGUGCGACCAUUAUGACGAGAUCGUGCUCUCUGAUUUCGCAAGUAACAAUCGUAGAGAAAUUGAAAAAUGGCUGAACAAUAUAGAAGGAAGUUUAGAUUGGAAACCUAUAUUGCAGUACGUUUGUGAACUGGAGGGCAAAAGCCCAUCCGAUUUGGAGGCUACACUGAAGCAACGAGUCAAAAAAGUUUUAAAAUGUGAUGUCCGGUUGGAGAAUCCAUUCUAUCCACACACACUGGAACCAGCUGACUGUGUCAUUACAUCUCUGUGUCUGGAAGCAGCAUGUAAAGACAUUCAAACAUACUGUCGUGCGUUACAUGGGCUUACCAAACUCUUGAGUCCUGGUGGACUUUUGGUAAUGAUUGGUGUUCUGGGUGAAAGCUUCUACAAGGUAGAUGAUCAGCCCUUUUCUUGUCUUAGACUGAGUCGGGAUAAUAUUGAGGAAGCGCUCAGUGGCUUAGGCUUCUCAAUCCACGAGUUUAAUUUACUGCCUGCAGAAGACAGAGAGAACAACUCUGUGUCUGACUUUGAGGCAGUUUUUCAUCUUGUAGCGAGAAAACCCUCCGAGUGACAGAUCAAACAAGAAUUUAUAUAACACAGCAAAACAGUAUUACUUAACGCUAGAGCACACCAAAAUAAAUCCCUUUAUUUUUCCCUUUAACUGGGCCUUUGAUUUUCCUGCUUAUUAACAAAUCCACUGUAGAUGUUUUGGCAUUUUAGAUAAAUAUUGAAUGCAUAAAUCUCAACACUUUUAAAUGUGUUUUAUAAUGCAAGGCUUUUAAAAGAUGGAUAAUAAAAAGAAAAUUAUUUUGGUUAAAAUGUUAGGGUUUUUUAAAUGUACUAAUAAAGAUAUAACAUUUUUUAAGUUAAAUAAUAAGAAAUCUAUUUAAAUGAUUUAUGUUCUUUACACAAUUAAUACAAAAGAGAUCUUCGUCUGUGCACUUGAGGAAGAUUAGAGAAUUCAUCCAAACAUUCCUCUCUAUGAACCAUUUAAAUAACAUGCCACAAAGGAAAUAAACCAAGACCAAGUUAGUGUAGUAUUGUACAGUAAGACUUCAUGUCAUGAGACAGUCUGCUUUGUAUCAGAGUAAGUGUUCCAAAUGGAAGAUUAAAACAAAUGAACUGUAAAUGAUUGGUUCUUGUUCAUCUUGCAGAAAUUUGUGACUCUCACAGACUUCAACACAAACGCUUCUGUCAAUCAUUGAUUAAAACACUUUAUAGCCUGUUUGUCCUCAUUAUACAAUAAACGACUGCAGUUUGAUUUAA